AUGGAAAUUCCAACCACCACUAUUACCGAAAAUUCAUUGGCUGUAUCAGCGUAUCAUGCGGCUCUAUCUCAAUAUGUAAAUUCAUUGCUCCAAUCUCAGUCGCACUCCGGUACAUCACCAUCUUCUCACCCACCGUCUUGGUCUCCCAAUAAUAUACGGAGAAGAUCAACUAUCAAAGCAUCCAACCAAUCGAGCAACAUCCACGGCAACAACAGUGAUGGGAUCAAUGAAUUGUUAUUGAAUUCGAACUUGAGAAUGGAAACGUUGGUAGAUGGAAAGAUCAAACCUGAUUUACUAGAACACGAAAAUCUAGAGAAGAUCGAUCAGGAUCAGGAUACCACGAAUCUUUCGAGACGUGUAGAUGGACCGAAGUCGUCCGUUGCAACACAUAGAUCUGUAAUCACCAACAUCACCAAUGAAGGAUCACAGAUAGAAGUGGAAAGUAGUAAUAUCUCAGUCUCGGAGGGGAUUGAUAUAGACAGAGGCAGGAUUAGAUCAAGGUCAAAGACGGUAAGACCCAAGAGACUCGGUGAUGACGAGAGAUCCGAAAGUUAUGAUCAUAAGAGAAGAUUGAAAUUCGCAAAGAAUCGUGCUCGGUUGGACAGUAAGGUCAAUUGUUGGUUACAAGGUGUAAGGGAUGCAUCGCCUGUGGGUGUAGAGAUGUCACCUGAUAUCCCACCUGAAAUUCUUGAUCCUAUCCCAUCGCCCUCGAUCCCUCACGCCGUCAUCCACCGAUCAACUAUCCCUCCUCCCAUCAACGCAUCUGCUUCGAAAAUUAUUACACCCAUCACGGCGAAAUUCCCUCCACUGAUCCUGUACGACAAUUUCCCUACCAAAGCUGAACAACAUAGUCCACGAUUUGUUUCUGAUGCUCUAUCACCCCGUUCUGACUUCGCAUUCAACAUCGACCAUAUCCCAGUCCCUAUCCCUAUGGGUAAAACGACCAAUCCUGGAACUGGGAUUGGAUAUACUAAAUCAGGAUUAAACUUCUCAUCCAACUCUUCCAAAGCUACUUUGAAAUCGCAUUAUCAUUGCAACAGCAGUACUGGUAUUGGUACAUCGGACAAGGACAAGGCCAGUGAUAGUAGUAACAAUCAGCAAAGAGAUAACAAAGAUGAAUGGUUAUUGGACGUAUUGGGUCAAUCGGAUAAAUGGGAUAUACCAUGUAAUAUCCUUCCCACCUCUCAGGAUGAUACAAGGACAGGGAAUGAAAAAAGAAGAAGUAGAAGUCCUAUGAAGGUUGUGAUCUCUGGGGAGAUGCCGACUCCGAAACCUGUUGUAACUGGAACUUCUUAUUGGGGAUGA